AUGACAUAUGUGUAUGUUGAGGUAGCAAUGACCGGUUUAUCUACCAUGAAAACUUCUAUGUUCAGCAAUCUGAAGUUCAAAAUCGGGGAAGAAAUGACAAAAGCUGCUAAGAUUCAGGAAAUGCUGCCCGGAGCAAAGAUUCAAGACAGUGCUUUUGUACGAAAUGGAUACAGCAUGAAUGCUAUUGAGGGCUUAAAGAUUUUCACUAUACAUAUUACUCCUAAGGAAGCAUUUAGCUUUGCCUCUUUUGAAUCUGGUGGGUAUGAUUUGAAGAGUGUGCUUGAAGAACUCCUUCUAAAGGUUCUAAAGGUGGUUGAUUGUCUUGAUCUGGAACAAUUUUUUGUGGUGAUAUAUGAGUAUGCUGAUGAGAAAAAGAAAGAACAAGUGAAUAUUCAUAAAUAUAUGAACACAAACAUCAGCUCCAUCCCCCUUACGGAGGGAAAACUUGUGCUUCUUACUUUCAAGACAAUGAUGGAACUAGAAUUUUGA